UGCCUUUCUGUGCGGAACAGGGCAAAGUCUAAAAACGGAGGAAGAUCUCUGCGGGAGAAACUGGACAAAAUAGGAUUAAACCUGCCAGCCGGGAGGCGUAAAGCUGCUAACGUUACCUUGCUCACGUCACUCGUGGAGGGAGAAGCAGUACAUCUAGCUAGAGACUUUGGGUACGUUUGUGAGACAGAAUUUCCUGCCAAAGCAGUAGCUGAAUUUCUCAACCGACAACAUUCCGAUCCAAACGAGCAAGUCACAAGAAAAAACAUGCUUCUAGCUACAAAACAGAUCUGUAAAGAGUUCACCGACCUGCUGGCUCAGGACCGAUCUCCCCUGGGGAACUCGCGGCCCAACCCCAUUUUGGAGCCGGGCAUCCAGAGCUGCCUGACCCACUUCAACCUCAUCUCACACGGCUUCGGGAGCCCGGCGGUGUGUGCUGCCGUCACUGCCCUGCAGAACUAUCUCACCGAGGCGCUCAAGGCCAUGGACAAAAUGUACCUCAGCAACAAUCCCAACAGCCACACAGACAACAGCACCAAAAGCGGCGACAAAGAGGAGAAGCACCGAAAGUGA